CAUAGUGACUGGUGCUUAUUUCCAGACUGCAGAAAGGGGCAACAAUUGGUCAGAGGUAGGGGUUUCUGAAUUCACCUCUUGACUGGUUUCCACAUCAAGUCGGUGAAAAGUGCUUGGAAGACUCUGAACUGUGAACUGCUUUUAACAAAUUGUAAGAAGGAAGCAGGUGCAAGAGGCUUGAAGUUCACACUGUGCAACAUGACAAAGUUGGUUCCGAGAACUCAGCUUGCCUUCUCAUUCCACAAGCAGGACUCUUUCUGAGGGCUGUCUUGACCACCUGCUUGAUAUGCGAUCAGAUUGGGCAGGUCUCAGAGCUCAAAAGCACAAGAUAUCAUAACUACAGGAUACUGUUCCUCAGGAACAAUGAAGGACAGACUCGAAGAAUUGAUAGAGUGUUCAAAAUUUUACCAUCAGCAAGCAGAGGCCGAAGACGAGGUGGAUUGUGCUCAUGAAGGCUUGGUAUUUGAAUGUGACUUCAUUCUGCAGAUCCUUCAGAAAGAAGUGCAACAAAUCCGAGAAGAAAAUGGGCGCCUGAAAGUGGACAUUAAACGUCUUGGAAAGCAGAACACUCGCUUCCUGACCUCAAUGAGACGUCUCAGCAGCAUAAAACGCGAUUCAAACUCCAUUGCCAAAGACAUAAAGAGCCGGGGUGAGAAGAUCCAGCGGAGGUUGCAGGACCUGAGCAAUUACAUCAACGAGAUAAAGAACACACAUGGGCCUAAUGCUGCCAUUGUUCGCAUCGGCCAGGCACAGCACUUUGCUCUCUUGUGCACGUUCUACGAUGCCAUGUCGGAGUACAACAAGGAGGAGAUGAAACAGCAGGAAAAUUGCAAAGCUCGGAUCCAGCGGCAGCUGGAGAUCAUGGGAAAAGACAUUUCCAACAACGAGAUGGAGGAGAUGAUAGAGCAGGGGAAGUGGGACGUGUUCUCUGGGAACCUGCUGAGUGAAGUGCGAGGGGCGCGGACCGCUCUGUCAGAAAUUGAGCAGCGGCACCGAGAACUGCUGAAGCUGGAGUGUCGAGUUCGUGAGAUCCAUGACUUGUUCCUGCAGAUGGCGGUGUUGGUGGAAGAACAAUCAGAGACCCUCAACAACAUCGAGGUAAAUGUCCAGAAGGUUCAAGAUUAUGUAGGUGAGGCUAAAGUGCAGCUGAAGAAAGCUGUGGAGCACAAGAGGAACAACAUUUGUCGAAAGAUGUUUUGUUGUUGCUGCCCCUGAUGGAACAUGUGCCGGUGCCCAGCUGUGCCUGGUGUCAUUAUGUCAACCCAGCAAAAUACUCUCAUCUCCAAAGAAAUGCUUUUGCAUUGAAUGUUGCAUCAACAGCUGGAAGUCUGGGAUUUUGUCCCUUUCUACCAGAGACCACACCAAUUCGAAAGGAAUUGUAUUGCUAAGUUUGCUUUACCUCCUACAGCUGCGUAUCAGUGCACCCACUCUCCCAAAUCCAACUCUCCUUCCAACUGCAUAUUUCCAAAUCUUCAAAAUUUUUGGUUCAUCAUCUGAUGUUACUCAAUAGCUAGGCUAUUAUCAUAGACCUGCAGUCAUUUGUCUCCGUUCUAGACUGAAACACAGGGAUGCAUCACAUUGAAAAUCCUUCACCAAUCAAGAUGACUGAAGUUCUCUUCUGUCUGCAGAACGAGGGUCCAGGGCCCCCUCCAGUUCAUCCAAGAAGAUGGUGCGAAGGCUUUCCUGUGGUCAGCUUGACCCCUGCUGUUAAUCAGCAGUGCUUUCAACUCCAUGAAGAGUUUUUUCUUCAUGGCUGAGGUUGGGUAAAUUCCAUUAGGUGUUUAGAACAAGGGCUGCUUUGUGCUUCAGGUUGUAGCUCCAAGCAACUCUCAGUUUUUACUUUUUCUGCUGAGUCUUUGUUUCCUUAUUUUGGUUCAAGUAAAGUUGGUGUCAGAGGCAAGUGAGAGGGCAGAGAAUAAAGGACAGGUGGAGAGAUUACACCUGUAUGUACCAUGUCACAUUUUAAACUGAUCACCCCCCUCCUUCUGAUCUUCACCUCCAGAGCUGCGGGACGCUGAUAGGUGCUGAAAUGAAAGUGCUCACAAACAAUAAGAGGACAGGAAUGUGAUGAUAGUGGGCACAAAUUCAAAUCCCAGCGAUACCAAAUUAUAGAAGUGCAUUGUUUAAAUUUAAAACAAAGAAAUUAAGAUUGUGGAAACCUAAAACCAGAAGAGAGAGAUUGUUAGAAAAACUGAGCAGCAACUGUGUAGUGAAAGUAAAGUAAACGUUUCAGGUCCCGUGACUCUUUUUGAGAACAGUGUUUCCAGAGUGAUUCAGGCCGACUGGCAAUGGUGAGAGUGUUGGAUGUGGUUGAAUGAAUCCCACAUUAAUAUAACAAUCCAGGCUGCAAAUGUAACCAUCCUCCCAGACUCCAUAUGUUGACUGAUUAGCCUGAAACCGUCUGUUUUAAGCCCUUUCUAAUCAACCAAAGGCAAUAGAAAGCAUGUUGAGAGAGAGCAGAUUGAAGACUGCAUUCAUCUCUUUCUCCAUGAUUAAUAGACUGGUCCAUGGGAGUUUACUAAUAGCAGUCAGUUCAACUCUCAUAAGCAGUGCCUGAGAUAGAUGAUGAUUUGUUUCCAUUCUGGUAAGAUCCAUUCUGAAAUUCUGAUAAAUCCAAUAUCCAAUCUGCCAACUCUGACACGUUCUCAAAGGGUCAGGUAGAUGGGGGCACAGGUGGCUCAGCGGUCAGCACUGCUACCUCACAGCGCCAGGGACCCGGGUUCGAUUCCAGCCUCGGGAGACUGUGUGGAGUUUGCACAUUCUCCCCGUGUAUGUGUUUCCUCCAUGUGCUCUGGCUUCUUCCCACAGCCCAAAGAUGUGCAGGUUAGUUGGAUUGGCCAUGCUAAAUUGCCCAUAGUGUUCAGGGGUGUUUAGGUCAGGUGGGUUAAACAUGGGAAAUGCAGGGAUAGGGGAAUGGGUCUGCUCUUCAGAGGACCAGUGUGGACCUGUUGGGCUGAAUGGCCUGUUUCCACACUGCAGGGAUUCUUUGAACUCUGAGUGGCUUGGAAGAUUAUACACUCUCUCUGACACCUCAACUUUGCUUCUGUGUGCUCCCAAUCUCAUAUCUUAAAAUGUUCAGUGCCUUCCUGAGCAAACCUUCCCUGUUUAGAUUGUUCACAAGUCUGGGAUUUUGAAGAGUUGGUAGGGGAUUCCUGCCCUUUUUGGGAACACUUUGAGGACAUGCUGGAAAAGUUUUUGUUGUCCUCCUGGAGGUCUCCAGCCAUGUGUGAGUGAUUUCUGAGUCAAACAGUUACUUCAGGGAUAAUAACAUGUGGGGCUGGAUGAACACAGCAGGCCUAGCAGCAUCUCAGGAGCACAAAAGCUGACGUUUCGGGCCUAGACCCUUCAUCAGAAAAGGGGGAGGGAGACAGGGUUCUGAAAUAAAUAGGGAGAGAGGGGGAGGCGGACCGAAGAUGGAUAGAGGAUUACAAGAGAGUUGCAGUGGGAGAGAGAUCCCCUGAGGUUUGUCUGGAGGGAGGAGGGUAACAUCUUCAGGUUAAGCAUCUCUGGAAGAGGCUUCACAGUGAGGUUAAAAUUGUAUCAGAGAUAUUGGGAACACAAAUACUGGAGAAUCUGAGAUAACAAGGUGUGGAGCUUGCUGUGUUCAUCGAGCUUCACACUUUGUUAUCUCGGAUUCUCCAGCAUCUGCAGUUCCCAUUAUCUCUGAAUGAUUAGUGCCUUGUAGCUGGGCAGGUUGGUUUAAGAGAGGACAAUGCACUUGCCACUGGAUUUGAAAGAUCUUGUGAAGGCAUUGCUAUGGCUUUCCCUAAUAGUUCAUUGUGCUCGCUUUAGAAUUUCCAAGUCCCCCACACUCAUAAGCACCUCACCAUUUUGUAGUAGCUUCAUGCAGGGUCAGUUUUAAAAUUCAACAGACAAUGAAUGGGAAGUGUUUCUGCUUCUAAUCAGAAUCUUACUCCAGGUCUGUCACUAUUGAUCUCACAGCAGUAUAACUUCGGUCUCACUUGAAGCAUUCACGGCACUAGAGGCUCUGUUUCAAAUUCUAGUUUAAUGUUCAAGACUGUUCCAAUCAGAAUCAAAACAAACGUUACAUUUCAAAUUGAUCCCUAGUCAACAGCUGUUUUGUAAAACAAAAUUGUAGUUGAUGGGUGUCUGAGAUUGGUGUAAGAAGAGGAAAAGCAUGAUUUUGAUACAGAAAAACCUUAUUCAUAUUUCUGGUAUCUGAAAAAUACAUCUUACCACCCGCAACAAAGCUGAUUUUUUUCUAUGAGUUUGGAUUUCUGAUCCAGAAAAUAUUUUGUUUUCAAUAAAGAAGCAGGAGACAUUCAAUAUCAUUAACUUUCAUUUCUGGACAGGGAGAACAUGAACAUUUUUAUACUGUAUUGUAAAUAUUUAUAGAUUUUGUGUUUAUUCAUAAAACUCUGAAUACAAGUCUAAUCCUUAGUUUUUAACUUUAUUGUGUGUAAUCUUCUUUAAACUCUAGCUAAAAAUAUGACGCCCAGUUGCUUUGAAGAUAAAAUACUUCUUUUAAAGGAGACAGUUUAUCUACUAAUUCAUGUUGCAAUGUCCCUGCCCCAUUAACUAAGAAUUAUUCAUUUUAGGAAAUUACAAUGAUAGUAUAAGGUUUACUACCUAGUGAUGUUCAAAACAGAAACCUUAUACCAUCAUUGUAAUUUCCUAAAAUGAAUAAUUCUUAGUUAAUGGGACAGGGAUAACUGCAUCACCAAAAUUUGUCUCUGGUCACCAAUUUCCUCUUCAUAAUGUGGUUUUGUUGGAAAUGCGUGCCUAUAAUGACUAAACAGCAAGCCUUAGGAAUUUCUCCAUCGAUGUCAUUCUCUUUGAGAAACAUUUGCUUCAAAAACCUAACAUCCCUGACUAAAGAUGUGAAGCUUGUCUGGAGUAUUUGGAGAGGACAUUUCAGCAGGUGAGCUAACAUUAGGCGCUAGGAGGCAGACAUCAUCUGAUCUGUGGAUUAUAUCUUUUCAUCAAUUUGUUUUGUUUUACUGUUUUCCCAAUGGGAAAGAGGUAGACAGUCCAGGAAAUACUUCUGUUGUGUGACAGUAUGGUAAUUUCUUUUCAUCAGGAUAUUUUUAUUAUCUAAGUGAGCUAAAUUUAUUAAUAAAAUAUUUUUAUUCAAUCCAAAGACAA